ACCAUCUUUCCCACUAUAAAAGGAUCACACAGCAUUGCCUCUUGAGAUGCUGCUCUCAGAAAGUGACGUGGAUGAAAUCACAGAGAAUCUGCUGGAGAUCAGUUAUUUUUGAACUUGAAGAUGACAUCACUUCUAUACAUAGCAAUUCACAUCUUCAUGCUAAAUUGGUGGCUCACACAGCAGGUAACUGCCCUGACAGAGAGCAAACUGGACAUGGCUUAUGAUGCAUUUGAUGAUCAGUAUGAGGGCUGUAUCCAAGAAAUGGAGAAAAAAGCUCCUCAACUCUUAAAAGAAGAGCUGAACAUAAACAAGAACUUAAAGUCUGAGUGGACAAAAGCAGAGAAAUAUUGGGAGAAAAUAAAGAAUAAAGUAACUUAUCCAAAAAAUUUCAAUGAUUUCCAUGGAAUAGCGCUAGUGACCUACACAGGCGAUAUUGCAACAGAUUUUAACAAAGCUGUGAGAGAAUUCCGUCAAAAUUCUGAUAACUUUUGGUACAAGGCCUUCCACUAUUACCUGACAAGAGCACUUCAGCUUCUCAAGGAUCAGAAUUGUUACAAAGUUUAUACAGGCACCAGUACCAAAUUUUAUUACAGUGGAAAGGGUAGUGUACGAUUUGGACAAUUUACGUCAUCAUCUUUGAAUAAGGAAGCAGCUAACAAUUUUUUGAAAGAAGGUGGAACACUGUUCAAAAUCAAUACCUGUUUGGGUGUUCCGAUAAAAAUCUCUUUCUUUGAGGAUGAAGAGGAAGUGUUAAUCCCAGGAUACGAGGUAUAUAAUGUUGCCUCAAUAGAAACUACUAAAAAAGGCAACACAAUUACCCUUAAAGACCCUCGAAGACAAAAGAGUAACUAUAAUUGCUUCUAUCUUUCCAACAGAUCAGGAAUGAUAAAAGGCCCUGAAUCUCUGGUGUUGCUGCUGCCUACCCUCCUCAUCCUGCUGCUUCUGCAUGCUGAGUUGUAAUCCUGCCUUGCCUAGAGUUUGUUGAUCAAGAUGUGGGAGGGAGGCCAAAGAACAGGGACCUGACUUGUUCUCCAAUGUCAGCAGUAUUGGAAGAAUGUACCCCGAUGUCACAAAAACUACUGGGUCUGAUUGCAAAAAUGGGCAGUCUGUCUUAAAAUUUACUGCACAAGAUAAAUUCCUGGUCUCUCGACACUUUGCUAUGAUUAAAAUGUAAUAUAUAUAUAUAUAUAUAUAUAUAUAUAUAUAAUUUUUGCAGAACUGAGGAAAAAGCAAUAUUUUAAUGCGCUGUCAGGUAGUAGCAGUCUUAAAAAUGCAAUUUGUGAUGAAUGUUGUAAUUAGAAUAAUGUAACUCAUAAUUGUACCUUGCUUUUCUAUGACUGGAUAUUUUUAUAGGUUGUAUUACCUGCUCAAGAAAUUCUCCUAAGGCAUUAUGAGGACAUUUUUAUAGCUGAGAAGGUUCAUUUUGUACAUUUUUUGCAGAUAUCCUUGCAGGAUUGAUUAACUGGGCCAUAAAUAUGAGGGCUGUCCUAGAUGAAUUCAUCUCUCUAUACAACCCCAGCAGUAAUGCAAGCACUUGUCAAGUUCUGUCAAUUAAUUUGAUAAUAGCUCCCAAAUCUAUUACUUAUCUCUCACCCACUCUAAGCAUCUUCAAGGAAAUUGAUAGGCACAUUCUGAAGUGUGGAUGGAGCCAGGAACUCUGGACAUUGUACCCUCUAAGGGUGGGUUUUGGCUGAGAUGCACGGAACUCCCCUUAUUCCUCAUUCCCCACUCUUCAUGUCUGAAGACCACAGUGCCCUGGCUUACCAGAUAGUGAUACAAAUUAUAAAGGCAUGGUACAUAACACCAAAUAAUAUAAUGGUGCCAUAGUAGUAAAAACAAAUGACCCAUACAAAUACAGGAACUAAUGACCCAUACAAAUGACCCAUACAAAUACAGGUAUAUGAAAGGUUGGCCUCACAAAUCACAGGGAAAAAGUAAGUCAGUUAGUAUAGAUAGCUGUUCUUAGGGAUGGAGGAGGAAGGGAGGGAGGGAGGGAGGGAGGGAGGGAGAGAGAGAGAGAAACUGGAUACCUUCAUUGCACUGUUCUGUUGAACAGAAUUCAUGUGAGGCAAUCCAUUGUUUUGGAUUAAGCUCCCGCACUAGACCCCAUAGAACAGAACAGAUUCAACCAGAAUGGAGUCACUGUUGCUAAGUGCCAUGUAGUCAAAGUGAACUUCAUAAAUGGACAAUUGUACAAAAAACAGCAGUUUCAGAGCAGCCAGUCAAAAGAGACUCAGUUUACCUGACUUGGCAUAAGUAUUACAGUUUGGAUCUAGAAUGUUCCUCAAAAGCUCAUGCACAGAUGAAGGCUUAGUCUCCAGCUGGUGGUGCUAUUGGGAGGUGGUAGAAACCUCAAAAGGUGUAGUCUAGUGGGAGCUAGUAGGUCACUGGAAGGUUAUCUUUGAAGGGUACAUUUUGGUCCCUGUUUAGAGGCCAUUUAAUAUCUCUCUCUCUCUCUCUCUCUCUCUCUCUCUCUCUCUCUCUCUCUCUCUCUCUCUCUCUCUCUCUCUCUCUCUCUCUCUCUCUCUUUCUCUCUUUCUCUCUCUGCUUCCUGUACACCAUGAGGUGGGCUGCUUUUUGCCUCACCGUAGGCCCAGAAGCAAUGGAGCCAAGUGAACAUGGACUGACAUGUCAGAAACUAUGAACCAAAAUAAAGCUUUCCUCCUCCAA